CCCGAAAACUUUUUCCAAGUGUUUUCCAUCCUCUUCUGAUGCUGUUAGCUGGAUGUGAUGUGUUGUGUGUCACAUUGGGGUGAAAACGCAAGUAAAAGUAGAUUUUUCACUGAUUGGAACAUUUUAUGUUAAGGAAGAUUUAGAUUCAGUCUUGCCAGUUUUAUCAGAGCCGAAUAAAAUAAUGUCGAUAAAGAUGGGUGGAUUUGAGCAUAUGUAAUUCAAUAUGCAGAACGGCAGUGGACGACAGGCGGAAGUCGUAAUCAAAUUGUACAUUCGGACCACAUCCCAACAAAUCGAAUCUUGUUCGGUUAGGGUGCUGACCAUUUCCAGUUAGAGUAGUGCAAUGGAAACCGAGAAUAGCUCAAAGUAUCAGAAGCUGGCGACUGAGUAUUCCAAGCUAAGAGCACAAGCCAGUGUUUUGAAACGUGCCGUGUUGGAAGAACAGAACAAGAAUGCCGUUCUGCGAGAAUCGCUCCGAUUGAAAGAAGCCAACAUGCGAAAGUCGGAACAGGAGGUAGACAGCCUUGGUUUCCGAAACAAGCAAUUGGAACGAAGAGUCGCUGCAUUGCAAGAAAAUAUCGAGCAAGAACUAAAGAAAGGUACCGCCAAAGGACAAAAAACGAAAACAAACAACGACGCAAACUCAACCGUGGAUGCCGAUGCAAAGGUAAUCGCUGAGGAGCUUCAGAAGAAAAUUUUGGAAAAUGCUCAGUUGGUAACGUUGUUGGACGAUAAAAAUGCGGAGAUAAAGCAGUGUCAGUUACGACUGGACGGACUCAAUCGAGACUUGCAGCAACAGGUUUCUAUGGAGCAAAAGUUGAGGAAAGAGAUUGAAACUCUGAGUCUAAGAAAUACGGAACUAGAGGCAAAGAUAUCUGAAGCUACCAGCACGAUUGGCAGCGAAGAUGGUUUGAGUGUUAUGGCAGAAAUGGAAACCCAUUACAGUAAUCAUUUUAGCAGUAAUUCUAGCCAGGUGACAAAUGCGGGCGCUGGUGGUGCAGUGACCAUCAAUCACAAUAAUAAUAACAACAACAAUACCGCCGGAAAUAACCUUCACUGUGAUGAUAGGAUAGUAUUCCUCGAAAAGGAACUGUGCCACUGGAGGGCCCAGUACGAACUACUCAAGAUUGAUUCCUCUAGUCACCAGCGAGCGGAAGAUACGGUCAGAAAAGAUGAAUCGACGGACGAGUCUGCUGAGAUAAAAUCAGAAGACAAUCAGACUCAAAGUGAGUUCCAUUUGCGAGAACAGAAACUGACGGAGUGCUUCACCAAAAGCAUCACCGGCUUAUUCCAUGACAAGUGUCGAGCCGAAUCCAAACUGACGUCGCAUUUAUUAGAGUCUCAAAGACUUCAAUCUCAUCUGGAUAUCACAAAGAACCGUCUGAAAGAGAGCGAGGAGGCCAAACGAGAUGAAGAGCAGCGCUAUCGAAUUAUCGAGGAUGAACUGGCACGAACCCGUCUAAACUAUGAGGAACAGAUCAGCGUGCUGACGGAACAAGUGAUUAGCUUGAGUGAUCAGCUGGCAAAUUGCAAAUAAGCAAACUCGUGUUCCGUACUCUGUUGGCGCUAAGGAUAUCUUCCCAUCUUUUAUAGGUUAGCUGGAAGCAUCUGCCGAUCGUGCGGUGCGCAAGCAGAAAAGUCGUCGCCGAAUUAAGUAGACUUCCCACGGAGCAAGAAAUUGUUGACUAGUUUUGUUCGAACAAAGAGGAUUAAUAUAUAAAUUCCUUGGGAGAAAAAUAUUUGUUAGAGUAUAACUUUUUUUUUCGAAGCUAUGUGUGUAAAAACAAUCAGUAUAUCAUGAGAUUUGUGAAUGAAAAUAUUCAAAAGACGAAUAAGAAAUAAAAUGUGAAACGUUUUGUGUUAUUUAGA